AUGCCUCUUCAGUUGAGGAAUUCUUGUAUUAGCAAUUCAUACCUAUCUGAUUGGCUAAGAGACCGUGUACAUUGGCAAGGGAUACUGCUUUGUUGUGAAGCACGGGAGAAUAGAAGAUACAGUCCUGUGUUUGAGGUUAGCGCUCAAAUUAUAGAGUUGAUAGAAGAGCUCCUUUAUUUCUCUCAUAGAGCUACCCAAAUACCAAAAGGGCCAAAAAGACCAUCCGAUAACCGGAAGAAGCGCGGCCAUAUGAGCGCUGGCCAUGGGCGUAUCGGCAAGCACCGGAAGCAUCCAGGAGGUCGCGGAAACCCAGGACGCAUGCACCACCAUUGGAUCCUCUUCGACAAGUACCAUCCUGGGUAUUUUGGAAAUGUUGGUAUGCGAUAUUUCCACAAGUUGCGUAACAAAUUCCACUGCCCCAUCGCCAAUAUCGACAAACUCCGGUCAUUGAUCCCUCAGGAACUGGAAAAAUCAAACAAUGAAACAUCCGAUGCCAGCAAGGACAAUGUGCCCAUGAUCGAUGUCACUCAGUAUGGCUACUUCAAGGUAUUGGGGAAGGGCGCCAUGCCAGAGAAUAAGCCGAUUGUGGUGAAAGCGAAGCUGGUGUCCAAGAUUGCCGAGAAUAAGAUAAAGGAGAAUGGUGGAGCUGUUGUUCUUACUGCUUAA